CUUGAGAGUGCUGACAGCCAGGCAACUUCAAAAGCAACCAGGAGAGACUUUCGCACUAACUUUGGGAAGGAAUUCAAAAAUGCUGAAAGGUGCAGAUGAAGCUGCUGUGGAGCAGGAGAACUCUGCUUCCCAACAUGGAGAAAUGACAAGUUGGGAUAUCAAUGACAUCAAACUUCCCCAGGAUGUAAGACAGAUAGACUGGUUUCAAGAAUGGCCAGAUUCCUAUGUAAAACAUAUCUAUAGCUCAGAGGAUAAAAAUGCUCAGAGGCACCACAGCAGCUGGGCAAUGAGAAACACCAACAACCACAACUCUCGCAUCUUAAAAAAGUCCUGCCUUGGGGUGGUGGUUUGUGGCAACGACUGCUCGACUUCGGAUGGAAGGAAGAUCUACCUACGACCAGCCAUAUGUGAUAAAGCCAGGCAAAAACAACAGCGGAAAUGCUGUCCAAACUGCAAUGGACCACUGAAACUCCUUUCCUGCCGAGGCCAUAGUGGUUACCCAGUUACCAACUUCUGGAGGCAUGAAGGCCAAUUUAUAUUUUUUCAGUCCAAAGGAGCUCAUGACCAUCCACGUCCAGAAACAAAACUAGAAGCAGAAGCAAGAAGAUCAAUCCACAAAGCACAGACAGCUUUUUCUGCAUCUUCUAUAAGAUUAAAAAGAAUACAGGAGAUUGAGUCUCUGACAGGUGCAUUGCCGAUGCCAGAAGCAUUGCCUUUGCUUCUUUCCAAGCCGGAUGCUUACGUGAUACCUGCUAAUUUCAGGGGACAUUUAAGCAAAAGCUCCCAGGAGCCAACGCUGAGCAGCUGCUCUGGGCAGCUGCUGUACCCAAGGGCAGCUGGGGAGGAUGAGGGCUCUGGAGAGGCAUUGACCUGGAGCCGAAGCCCAUCCCUUGGGAGGAUCCCCAGUGCCAAGAGGCUGUGCAGUGGCCCUGCUGUCCCCUGCACAGCCCCUUCCCACCAGCACUGCGCCCACUUCAGCACCCAGCAUGUCCUGCCUGUGACAAAGGGUGGCCAUGGCUCCUUCAGGCCUAACACUGGUCCUCUGGGAGAUGGAUCCUGUGGAGAGAAAUCCCUGCUGACCUACAGCAGCAGCUGCCUCUCUCUGCCACCUUACCCUGCACGUCAGAGUGGCCCCUGCUCCAGGGUGAGUGGGGCACAGCUCCACCGCCAGCUCUCAGCACCUUUGAGGGGAAGUGAAGGAGACGUGAGCGAGGGAGGGCCCCAGGUGGGUCUCAACUACUGCCACAAUGACAUGGUUUUUAACCUGUACCCAUUACGGUGA